CGCAAAUUUUAAUGGAAUCUUAAUUUUUUUUUUGGAUUUAACGAGGCCUAAAUUAAAAAAAAAAUAAAAAAACAGAAUGUGCUCCGCGAGAUGCAGAGUCGCGCGGGACACUGCUUGCUGUAGCGCCGGAUUAUGUUAUGUGCCACAGUGGGCGAGCUUCCAGCUCAGCCUCGGCGGAGGCUCACCUGCUCGCUCCGUCGCUCCUGGGUCAAUUGCUCAAAUCCCCCGCUCGAGCUUGACAAAAACACGCAACGCAAGGCUGUCUCUUCUUCUCCCAGCGCUACGCUCCAGCCUCCUGCUAGUCGCCGCGCAAUUCUUGGCAGCCCCAGCUGAGCCUGCUAGACGGCUAGUAACUAGUAGCCGCGGAGGGGAAUGAGGCAUCCGGAUGCGGAGGCGGCGUCGCGCCGGCGGUGGACGCUGGUGCUGGUGAACCUGGCGUCGGUGCUGGAGAAGGCGGACGAGGUGCUGCUGCCCGCCGUGUACAAGGAGGUGGGCGCCGCGCUGGGCGCCUCCCCGACGGCGCUGGGCUCCCUCACCCUCUGCCGCGCGCUCGUCCAGGCCGCCUGCUACCCGCUCGCCGCCUACGCCUCCGCGCGCCACGACCGGGCCCGCGUCGUCGCCGUCGGCGCCUUCCUCUGGGCCGCCGCCACCUUCCUCGUCGCCGUCUCCGGCAGCUUCCUCCAGAUGGCGAUCUCGCGGGGCCUCAACGGGAUCGGCCUGGCGCUGGUCCUCCCGGCGAUCAGCUCCCUCGUCGCCGACUACACCGACGACCACACCCGCGGCGCGGCCUUCGGCUGGCUGCAGAUGACCUGCAACCUGGGCUCCAUCCUGGGGGGCUCCUUGGGCGUGCUGCUCGCGCCGAUCACCUUCCUCGGCGUCGCCGGGUGGCGGGUCGCCUUCCACGCCGUGGCCGUCAUCAGCGUGGCGCUGGGCGUGCUCAUGUGGCUCUUCGCCGCGGACCCGGCGAUGAGCCCGUCCGCCGCCGCCAAGUCGUCCAAGACCGCGGCGGCGGGCUCGGAAGCCAAGGAGCUGCUCCAGCACGCCCGGCGCGUGCUCGGGGUGACCACGUUCCAGAUCAUCGUGGCGCAGGGGAUCGCCGGCUCCAUCCCGUGGUCCGCGCUCAACUUCUCCGCCAUGUGGCUGGAGCUCGCCGGGUUCACCAACUGGGAGACCAGCGUCAUCACGGGGCUGUACCUGUUCGCCACCGCGCUCGGCGCGCUCUUCGGCGGACUCAUCGGAGACCCCGUCGCCAGGCGGUUCCCCAACACCGGUAGGAUCGCGCUGGCGCAGAUCAGCUCGGCGUCCGCGCUCCCGCUCGGCGCCAUCCUGCUGCUGGCCUUGCCCAAUGACCCGUCCACCGGCGUGGCGCACGCCGUCGCCUUCUUCGUCAUGGGCUUCGCCAUCUCCUGGAACGCCUCGUCCACCAACAACCCCAUCUUCGCGGAGAUUGUGCCGGAGAAGGCGAGGACGACGGUGUACGCGCUGGACAAGUGUUUCGAAGCAGUGUUCGCGUCGUUCGCGUCUCCCAUCGUCGGCGUUCUCGCGGAGCGCGUGUUCGGCUAUAAGCCGGUGUCGUCGGACACGAGCGUGGAGACGGACAGGGAGAAUGCCGCUGCGUUGGCGAAGGCUGUGUACACGGAGAUCGCCGUGCCCAUGGCCAUCUGUUGCCUGACCUACACCUUCCUGUACUGCACGUACCCACGAGACAGGGAGCGAGCUCGAAAGGAGCUUCUCAUGGCAUCGGAUGAUCAACUCGGUGGAGAAGCCAGUGACGACAACGAGUCAAGUGCGGUUCAUACUACACGGGUAGACGAAGAAUCUUCUGUCAGCUCCUUAAAUCAGAGGCUAAUAUCUUGAGAAGGCUAGCAGAUGGAGGUCGGCAAGAGCAAGACAACCAAGUCUGAAGUCCUGCAUCGUUUCCGGGAAUAUAUGUCAUUCAUUCUAGUGUUGAUCAACGAACAGUUUCAGAUUCUUCAACGUCAAAAAAAAAAACGUACAGUUUCAGAUUCUCCUAGAUGAAACAUGCCUUGUCGGAACCAUCGUUACCGGUUACCACGCAUGGAAAGACGAAAUCUACCGACUAUAUUUGCAUCUAAGCUCUUAUAA